CUUGUCUGAGAGGCACGCGGCGCCUCGAGGAGACCGCGGAGCUCUGCGCGUGGGAGGAACAGCACGAGCCUCUCCUUUAAUUACCAGAGCGCAGCCCCAGGAACGCGCGCGAGACGCUGCUGGGUGCAGGUACAGGUGCUAUGAGAUGAAUAAUAACGAAAUCAAAGUGUUGAAAUGGCCGAUCUCAAAGUCCUCUUUUGUGGUCAAGGCAGAGUACCGACUGAAAAUAAGGACCUUGAUCGGUCCAUAAAACACCAGCAAAGUCAUCACUUGGUGUGCACAGAUGAAAGGUCUCUUUCCAAUGAAGAGUGCAGCCAGGAGUAUCAGGAGGAGAAUGUUAAUGAAGCCAAUGGGCUUUCAGAACCAUGGACAGCGACUCUGCCAAUUGGACGACUUCACAAACUCAAUGAAUGGGGAUUUGAUGAAGAAGUUCAUGUAUGUUAUGACACAGAGUACGAAACGGCUUUUCCUGACCCCACUGAACAGAAAGAUGGCCUGUUAGCGGAGGACAUCAACUACGACAACUUUAGUUGGAAUUCACACAGAGAUCUCCAAGACGGUGCCCCGGAAAGUUCCCUGUUGUCGGUUGACGACUUCUUGGUGGAUUCAUCGGAAAAGUCUGUGGAUUAUGGAUUUAUAGGUGCUGUUGCCUUUUUAGUUACUGGGAUCUCAUUGGUUGUUAUCUCCUACACCGUCCCACGUGAUGUAAAGGUGAACCCAGACACCGUGUCUGCCCGGGAAAUGGAACGUUUAGAGCGUGAGAACGCCCGGGUGGGUGCUCAUCUGGAUAGGUGCGUGAUCGCCGGGCUGUGCCUCCUAACGCUUGGAGGCGUGGUACUGUCAACCCUGCUCAUGAUCUCUAUGUAUAAAGGAGAGAUGAUCAGAAGACAAGCGUUUGCAUACUCCAAGCACCAAGCUAGACUUUACGGCUCUAUAAAUUUUAGGGCUGGAGAAGGUCAGACUGACGCUCCUUCGCUUUUGUCACUUGAUGAAGAUGAAGUUUCUGUUGAAGUCCUGAGUUGAAGAAAGCUAAAACUUGAGUAGAACAUACAAUGCUGAAUUGCACUUAAAAACAAGCUCUUCGGAUACAAAUAACAUAAACAAUGUGUAUGUGUUAUAAUGUGACAUAUCUUGAAAAUCCUAUAAUUGGGUACCCAGUGCUUUUAUCAACCUAGAACAUGUGAAAAAGAUCAACCCAGUAAAUUCGUUUUGGUAAACCAUUCUCUGCAAGCAAGUGAAAAAAUAGGUCAUUGAAAUUUGGCUCCUCUUAUGAUGUCAGAAAGGGAUAAUACCGCCACUUAAUCUGCACUAUCCAACCACAGCACUGCCAUUUAGUGCAGAGAUCAGCUCAUUUGCAUUUAAAAGGACACCCAAAAUGGCACAUUUUGCUCACACAUACAAAGUGACAAUUUUAACAUGCUAUAUUAAAUUAUCUAUAUGGUAUUUUGAGCUAAAUCUUUACAUACGUACUCUGGGGACACCAAAGAUUUUAAAAAUGUCUUGUGAAAUAUCCC